AGAAUAAAUGGACAGCUUGCAGAGCAGUCGGUCUUCAAAAUGGAUUGCUCCAGACUUUUUCAGUGCACAAGACACCCCUGCUCCAAGGGUGUCCAAGAAGAGGACAAGAGAUGAAAACCUAACAGUGACGAGAAGUAAGAAACUCAGUCUAUCCCUUCUGCCGGAUGAGCUGUGGCUAGACAAGUAUAAACCGGUUUCUGCCGAUCAACUCUCAGUUCAACCAAAGAAAGUUGAAGAGGUGAGAGCAUGGCUGACAACACAUUUACACAGUGGAGGAAUCCUACUUCUUACAGGUCCCUCGGGCUGCGGAAAGACUGCAGUUGUUAAUCACCUCGCCUCGGAAUUAAAUCUUGCCAUCCAGGAAUGGAUAACUCCUAUAGACCAGGUGGACUAUAACGCUGAUUCAAGAUCCAUCCUGGAGAGUGUAUAUAUCCACGAUGAUACAACACGAUUUAAUUCUCAAACCCAACUAUUUAAAGAUUGGUUGAAGGCUGCUAAAUUCCCAGUUUUUGGGGAAGAAGAUGUUAGAAAGUUGGUUCUUCUGGAGGAUUUUCCCAGUUUUGCAACCAGGAACCCAAAAGAUUUCCAGGAGAUCCUGACUAACUACAGUAGGGGGAAGAUGAACCCGCCUAUGGUAGUUGUGUGUAGUGAGGACUCAGGGUGGAAGGAUUCAGUUCUUAAACUUGUUUUCAACCUAGAAUUUACAACUAAAGCAGGUUUGAGCACGAUCUCCUUCAACCCUGCCACUACGACGAACCUGGUGAAGAUGUUGACAAGACUGGUGACAGAGGAGACUAAGAAUAAAAACAAAUCUUUAAAGAUUCCCGACAAAACAUCCUUAGAAUCGUUGGUUGAAUCUUCUAACUGUGAUAUUCGAGCUUGUAUCAACGCCCUCCAAUUCUCGUGUGUACAGAAUAUUAGUGAUUUCUCAUCACUAUUCCAGUCAGACGAAACUCAAAGCACCACCAAGAAAUCCAAAAAAGGUUCCGGCAAAAAUUCCGCCAAAAGUCAGUCUUCAGUCGGUGCCAAGGACCAAAGUUUAAUUUUGUUUCACGCUCUGGGUAAAAUACUUUACGCGAAACGAGAGACAACGCCAGAAAAGGAGCAUUUACCUCCACAUUUAGAAAAGCACAGACGAAAUUCAUUACAAGCAGUUCCCGAGGAUGUUUAUUCCAAAACUGCAAUAAGUGAGGAGGGAUUUACUUGCUUUCUUCAUCAUAACUUUCCAGCGUUUUAUUCAGACAUUCACGAUGCUGCAGCAUUGAGUUCAUACCUUAGUGAAAGUGACCUGCUUUUGCGUGAAUGGGGUAGCACUGGUAAAAUGGAUGUGAAGGAAUACGGUGUGAGUCUAGCUUCCAGAGCAACCAUGUUCUUUAAUCAGCAUCAGGCGAAAGUAACUGGGCGACGGACGUUGACUAAACCUCAACUGUACUCGGUCAACAGGACCAUUGACUCAAAUCUAACCAGAGUUCAGAGUGCCUUGAGUGGUAUUUAUAUUACUCAACCAAGAAAUGAACUCUACACCUCUACAGUUCCUCUGAUUGCCAAACUGAAACCAAAACUUAUACCUCAGCAUAAACUGAAUACUAUUAUAGAGGUUGGACGUAUAUCUGGUGUACCCCAGUGUAUCCGGUCUAUCAGUGGUUCUGAAGACCUGGAGAUGUUUAGUGAAGAUGAUGACGAGUUAAUGAACCUGCUGUGUAGUUUUGACCCAGCACAAGAUAUCACAGAUAUCAGAAAAUCUUUGUGA